GCUCGCAACACUCGCUCAUCGCCAUGGCAAUCCAGCUCAACGCCGAGGCCGGGCCGUCGUACACCCCCGCUGCGACGCUCGGCGGUCACACUCGCGCAGUUACGGCACUCCGCUUCUCUGCGGACGCCAAGACCCUCGUCUCAGCCAGCGCCGACGGAUUCGUUCAUUUCUGGGACGCCAAGACUGGCGUGCACCAACGCGCGCUCCGCUGCCAUCGCGCAGGCAUUAAUGACGUCUCGCUCUCGCCGGACGGCCUCUACUUUUGCACCGCGAGCGACGACACUACAGCCCUCGUCUUUGCCGCCGACCCCAUCGUCGAGGCCAUCACGACCGACGACGGGAUACACACGCACGCGACGCCCCUCCGUUCCCUUGUAGGGCAUACCGCGACCGUCCUCGCUGUCGCGUACGGCCCGCGGUCAAAUCUCCUCGUCACGGGCAGCUAUGACGAGAGCGCCAUCGUGUGGGAUGUGCGGCGCGGGCGCGCGCUCCGCACGCUACCGGCGCACGCUGACGCGAUUUGGAGCGUGGGAUGGGACGCGGAGGGCGCGCUCGUGAUCACAGGCAGCGCGGACGGCUUGAUACGAUUAUGGGACGUCAAUACAGGACAAUGUCUUAAAACGCUCGACAACGAGUCCAACUCGCCUGUCUCCUCCGCCUCCUUCACCCCGUCAUCGUUCCACAUCCUCGCCGCGUGCUUAUCCUCUACUGUCCGCGUGUACUCCCUGCACUCGGGCAAGGUGCUCAAGACGCUUCGUGCGCCAGAGUACGUCUGCGAGCGCUACCCGUCGCCUGUUAUCGUGUAUGGCGCAGAAAUCAAGGAGAAGGCAAAAGAAGAGCCAAUGGAUCUCGAUGGAUCCGCCGCGCCUUCUGCGGCACCAUCACCGGGCCGGCCAAAAGGCCCGGCAGCACUCGUGGUAGCGGGAAGCGAGAAUGGCGCCGUCAUCGUCUGGGACUUGCAGGACCGCCGCGUCGUCUCCGUGCUCGAGGGGCACACCGCCCCCGUCGUCGCCCUCGCCGUCUCGCCCAACGGCACGAUAGCGUCCGGCACACUCGAGCCCGAAUGCUCGAUACGCCUGUGGCGCAUGAACUAGCCCAUUCCCCUGCACACAGCAGACAGUAGACAGCAUGCAUACUACAGACCGAGCCGGUGGCUCUUGCCCUUGACGCCCUUCCACACGUUCUCGACCCACUCGCGUUCCUCGCGGUCCACGACUGUGUAAGUUGCGCGUUCGCGCGGCUUGGUCGGC